UUUUUAUUUAUUUUUCUCCUCCAUUUAUAAUUUAAUAACAUUUUUUAUAGUUUAAUUUUAUUAAACUCAUAAGGUUUUCUCUAAUAAUUUAGACAAGUAUAAAGAGAUGUGUUGAUUGUGACCAAAUAGUAUAUUAUUCGAAUAAAUCCUGUUUGACAGUUAAAAUUUUAUAAACUACAUAUACGAUAGGGCCAACUUUUUUUUAUGGAUUCCUCUUCAAACGACAGUUUCACAUGGAUAAAAGCUACAGAUGAGAGUUUUGAUAGUGGCAGCAUAGACAUGGAGAUUGUUAACAAAAAUCAAUGUGAGUCAGACUUAAGUAAAACACCUAAUAAAAUAAUGCAAAUGUAUAAUUUUGAAAAUAAUUAUGAGCAAGCCAUGGAAAAUGAAUUUAAACACCAUAAUAAUAAAUGGAAAAUUAAACAUCUAACUCAUGGUAAAGAUAGUGUAAGUUCCAAGAAAAUGUGGCAUAAAAUUGUGUUUGAAAGCGAUACAGAUUCAUAUAAAAAGAGUGAGAAAUACAAAAAUAUUAAUGAUAACGUCUCACAAAUUUCUUCAAUACAUUCUGAUGAUGAUCCUGAUGAUGAAAUGUAUUUAAAUGUUAAAGUUAAACAGGAAAUGACUGGCAUAGAUAAAAAAACACGGAAAGUAAAGAACAAAGAAAUGAAUUCUAAAUUUAUUUCUGAUUUUUAUAAUCAAAAUGAAUGUGUAGAAUUGCUUAAAUCAUCUAAAAAUUGCAAGCAUAAGAUAAAUCACGGUCACAAUUCGGGUCUUGGUAAAAAGAAAAAGAAGAAGAGUAAGAAAGAUAAAUUUAUUAAUGAAAAUAAUACUGAAAUAAAUAACGAGCAAAAAGACGAUAAUAAAGGUAGUUCUAUGUCUAGUUUUAAUUUAAAUUACCAAAACGAUUCUGAAAAAUUGUGUAAAACACAUAAAAAUAGAAGAGAUAAUAGUGAAAUGGCUGACUCAUUAAACAGUAUCACAGGUAAUGAAGUUUCUUGUAUUAAGAAAGAUGGUGAUACAGAAAUGCUUGAUUCUAAUUUGAGGAAAAAAAAGAAAAAGAAAAAUAGGCUUACCAUUAAGAAUAAUAAUAAAUCAGAAGAAAUAAAUGAUAAGAAGGACGAAGACGAUGACGAAGAAAAAACAAAUAAUGAAAAUAGUCAGAUUAUUAAAACUGAAAUCGGAAAUAGUAAUAAAAGAAAAUGUAAGCAUUAUUUAAUUGACAGCGAUGAGAAUAACAGUCCCAAGAAAAAACGUAUUAAAACAGAAGCUGUAAGUAAUACAGAGUUUUGUAAAAAGGAAAAUAGGAAACUCAAAGAUGUUAGUGUUGAUGUCACUCAAAUGUCAUCAAUACAUCCUGAUAAUAAAAGUGAAAAAGAAAACACCGAACAUGAUCCCAGAAGAAAAGCAGACGAAACAAAAUUAAAAACAGAACCAAUCUCACAUGAUUAUAUUAGUAGUGACAUUUCUAGUAAUGAAGGGUAUACAAACAAAAAGCAUAUUAUAAAAAGGAAAUCUUUGCAACAAAAUCAAUCCGAAGAUGAAAAUGGAUCGAAUCAAGAGGUAUAUCGGAAUAAAGAAAAUAACAUUACCACUUAUUCAACAAUGUUUAAAAAAAAAUCCAACGGGAAUGACAAUUUAAAACAAGUUUUAGAUAAAAAUCAGCGUAAUUCGAUAAUAACAAACGAUGAUGAAAUAUGGCUUCUUAAAUGGCCGCAGAGAAUUGAUGUUAAUACCUUAAAAAGAAAUGAAAUUACUUUAGAUGGUAAAUGUAAAGUUAAAAUUAAUAAUAAUACUUAUUAUGGCAAUAUUGAUAAUAAUGUACAUAGAGUAACUAUCAUGUCUCUGCAACAAGAUAAUUACGUAAUAAAAAAUCUGAUCCUUAACGGGAUUGUAAACUUUCGGAAAAGAGUUCCGAAGUUUUAGGGGAAUUAUUUUACGAAAUUCAGUGAAAACAAUAAAGAAACGUAAAUACUCACAUCUGGAUU